AUGCCUAAUAAUAAGAAGUUUGUUCGAUCGAAGGUGGCAUCUACGAGCGCAUCAGAAAUCAGAUCUUUGCCUGCCUCAAAAAGAAAACUUCAUUCUGAUGUUUCAAGUGAGGAUGACGAGGGUGUAUCUGAUGGAUUUCGCCUGAUAGAUAUAUCUAUUCUGAUGUCGAUUUUUAGCUCAUUUCUGUGCCCAAAAUGUAAGUCUGGUCACGUCGUAAUGGAAGAAGACACAUCGGCAAAAAUGGGACUUGUUUCUCAACUGUCAUUCAAAUGUUCGGCUCGAAUGUGCACAUAUUCCAAAGUUUUUUAUUCGUCAAGUCGUGUGAAAAAUUCUAAAGCAUUUGAAGCAAACAGAAGGUCAGUGUUGGCGAUGAGAAACAUUGGCGUAGGUGAUCAAGGGCUUGUGAAAUUUUGUGGCGUAAUGAAUAUGCUGUCACCCAUGAAUGCCAACUCAUACAAUGACCAUGUGAUGGCUAUCCAUGGAGCUGCUGAAGUUGUUGCAAAAAACAGUAUGAAACAUGCUGCUGAGGAGCUAAAUCAAUUCUAUAAACCAAAAGAUGGAUUGUAUGAUGUUGGCAUUUCAGUUGAUGGGACAUGGCGACGAAGAGGAUAUUCAUCUUCCUAUGGUGUUGUAACUGGCAUAUCAUUGCGUGCCACCAAGGAGACACAUUCAAGCCUGCCAACUCUGGAACUGGCAACCUUUCUGCCUGUGGGUGUUUUUAAUGAUGGCUCUAAAGCAAUAUUAGAUGUGUUGCAAAACAUGGGUAUCACUCCUGGCUAUAAUACUAAGGCUGGAAUGAAAAAAAUGGACUAUGACCGUCUUCGUCAUUCAACCAGAAAGGGCUCAGAGAAGCAGAAAAGUUGGAGAAAGAGAAUAAGACAAAGAAAAAAAGGAUAUUUUGACAAACUUACAGAAAAAGAAGGCACCCACUAUGAAGCUGGAGCAUUUUAA